GUGUGUGUGUGUGUGUGUGAGGGCGUGAGUGCAUGCAUACGUGUACGUGUGUGUUUCCUCCACCCACCGCAGCUCUUCUCACUCCUCUGCUCUCUCUCUCUGCUCCUCCAGCUCUGCUCUUCUGCUCCUGCAGGUGAGCAAUGGACGAAAGCAGCUUCGAGACGUUCGAGGACGAGCUGAAAAAACCCCUGCCGGAAAAUCCUCCUCAGAAACCUGUCAGACAAACACGAGCAGAGAUGUACACUCAGAGGAGGGUUCGAGAGGAAGCUCCAAUUGUUCAGCAGGUGCCGAAAAUGAUUCCCCGUGAACACCCGAUGUCCAGCGCCACAUCUUUACGCAGAGCUCUGUCCAUCCAGAACCUCAGUCAGAUGCAGAUGGAGCGUCCGUGGGAAGGAGUGACACUCAACCGCUGCCUGAUCGUGGCCAUAACCAUCCUGCUGCUGAGCUCCGGCUUACAGCGAAUACACGAUGCUGUCAGAGGGCGAAAGGAGGACAGUGAGGAGCUCACGGUGCUGACCGACAGACACACGCUGCUCAGACGAGGGAAAAUUACACCACAGCCGGACUCUUCAUUAUGGGACACACUGUUCUGGUGGCUUGAUGAUGAUGAUGAUGAUGAAGAAAAAUCCGGAAAGCACAAGAAAGUUUCCAGGAGCCUCAGACAUCGAGCCCUUCCAGACCCGCGGCUCCUGAAAAAGAGGAAAACCUUCACUGAGCGCAGAGGAAGAGGAGAAGAAGAGAUUAAAGAGAGACAGAAACAGAUGAAAGCCAAGAAGGUGGAAGAAGAUGAAAACUUGGAGAAGAAAGCAAAGAGAGACAGCAAGAAAAAGAUGAAAGCCAAGACGAAUAUGGAGGACAAAGAAGAGGAAUGCAUGGAGAAGAAGAAUAAAGCAAAGAAAAGUCCUGUGAAGAAAGAGUAACUGCAGUGAUGUGCUUAAUCGCCAUGAAAAUAAUGCGAUCACUUUAAAAAUAAGAUUUGUUUUUCCUUUA